AAUAAUCAUAGCACUUAUGCUUGACAAAAAUUGAUUCCGCCUGACAUGAAAAAAAUAAUAACUAUUUAGACAGGUAUAAUGCGCAACGAAUAUCGACAAUUAUAUAUCAAAUAACCCAUACAAACAUUUAAAGAUAUUAACUGGUGAACAUACUUAAUUACAUUUGAAAUAAUCGUUCCUUUAGUUGAAUCGGAUUUGACAAGAUAGGCGUUUUAAACACCCGCUGACAGAUAUUGUUGACGGUCAUUAAUUGUUAAAAUUUUAAAGGAAUAAUACAUUUACAAAUAUACAAAAUCAUGUCAGCCAUAUUUGUGAUAGUUAUGGUCAUUUUGGUGCUGGAUAGAACAAACGGACAAGAUAUUUCAAAUGUGAAACAGUUAUAUACUGAUGUUUUUGCAAAUCACCAAAAGGAUGUCCUACCAAAAGUUGAUCAAAACACGCCAUUACAGAUUUCAGUGACAAUGUAUCUGAUGACUAUAACAAAGUUUGACGAAGUAGAUGAAACAAUAGUUAUUUUAGGUGCUAUGGGGUGUUCCUGGAACGAUGCUGGAAUAUCCUGGGAUCCAACGUCUUAUGGAAAUAAAAUAUAUACUCUUUUACCGAGUGAAAAAAUAUGGACGCCACCAAUAACUCUUAUUAACGCUGUUGACGUUUUAGGUCCUGUUCAAGGAGACACCAAAACUAAUGCGUAUAUCUUUUACGACGGAAACGUUACCUGGCCAGUUGGAGGUGUCAUGUCAGCAAAGUGUACAACUGAUAUAUCAAAAUUUCCAUACGAUUCUCAGACUUGUAAAUUUCAGUUUCUUUCGUGGGGUAUAGAUGAAUAUGAAUUAACACUUAAUUUGAGUUCUGAUCCUUUAGGUUUACAAUACUUUACACCAAAUUCUAAUUGGAAUUUGUCUUCGUACGAUAUACGAAUAUUUUCCUGGAAUGGAUAUUCAACAUUAGAAUUUUCGAUAACCAUCAAACGUGCAUCCUUGUACUAUAGCGUUAUGGUUGUGUGUCCAACUAUUUUGUUUGGUUUGCUAAACCCGCUUGUGUUUCUUCUCCCUGUCGAAUCUGGUGAACGGAUUGGACUAGCAAUGACCAUACUUCUUUCGUAUGCUAUUUUUCUUACUUUAGUUUCUGCAGCUAUUCCCGCAGCGUCGAAUCCAAUGUGUAUUUUAUUGAUUAUAAUGAUAGUAACUAUUGUUAUAAGCGGUGUCAUAGUUGUACUGGCGAUUUAUGUUUCAUCCUUGUACUAUCGAGAUAAUAAGAGGAAAAUAAACGCUGUCUGGAAGUUCAUUGGAUUACGCCUUACUAGGAGCAAGACACACAAUAAAAUCACAACUGAAACAGUUUCCUGUGAAAAGCCGGGAAUAAAGUGUUCCCCCGAUGUAAAUGUUACAUGGCAGGAUGUAAGUCAUGGACUAGAUGUUUUGCUCUUGAUUGUGUCUUAUAUUCUUAUAUGUGUUUUAAUUGGAGUGUAUUUUAUAAUUGUACGGUAAAUUUUUCAUACGAUUUUUUUUAAAUGAAACUAAACUAAGUGCUUAUGUUGUAAAUGCACAAAAUACAAUAUUUACAUUAUUUGCAUUAACUUCAUUUAUAAAACGGUAACGGACAUAAGAUAACAGUGAAAUAAUAAAAUAUAGCGUGGUUAUGUACACAUAUAUAUAUACCUAUAAUGGUUUACUUUUAAAUUUUUAUUUGGAUGGAGAGUUGUCUCAUUGGCACUCACACCACAUCCUCCUAUAUCUACUAAAACACAACACUAGAGAGAUAAAGCAUAUCAGUGGUACAAUGGCAUUAUUGAUGUCCUGUAUAUUGAAAGAUGGUACAAAGUCACCAACUGUGAGUUUAAAUGUUACCAUAGAACAUCAAGGUAAAAAAGGCGCUCUAGGGCCACCUUGAACAUUACCAUUUCUCUAUUCCAAAUACUAGUAUAUAUAGUAACAACAAAUAAGUAUAUUUUUAUGUUGGUACUUCCUAUCAAUUCAAAUUCAACUUGGAAGAAGGUUAACUUCCGGUUUGGAAAGGCUCUUACUCAUUGAUAUUCAGAUUGAGACCGUUUUUUUUUGGCAUGAUGUCAUUGAACAGGACAUGACAGUUUGGAGGUGAUUGAAAUUAUAGCAGAGUAUAAAAAAAACCCAUUGUGACCGGUAAAAAAACUAUUGUCACAAAAUUGUACAUUAACAAACUAUGUUUUUUUUCUUUUACUGGCUGCGUUUACCACUAUUGGUACCGUUACGUACAAAAACUACAUGUAUAUCCAUUUAAAUAUAAUUAUGGAAUUGAGAAUGGAAAUGGAGAAUGUGUCAAGAAGACAACAACCCGACCAUAGAGCAGACAACAGCUGGAGGCCACAAAUUGGUCUUCAAUGCCGCGAGAAACCCCCGCACCCUAAGGCGUCCUUUAGCUGGCCCCUAAACAAAUAUCAAUAUAUACUAGUUCAGUGAUACUGGCAAUACUAAACUCCAAACUAUACACAAGAAACUAAAAUUAAAAACCAAACAAGACUAACAAAUACCAGAGGCUUCUUUUGAGACCGGCGCAAAACUGCGGCGGGUUCAAACAUGUUUAUUGAGAUCUCAACCCUGUCCCUUAAUACCUGUUUUUAAUAAUUAAAUACGAUUUUUUUUAAAAUUUUGUAUGAUGUUUCUGAGAUUUGUUCCUAAUUUACAAUGUUUGUAUGGUGUUUUUGAGUUAAAGAUAUGAGUGAUAAUAUUAU